GUCCCUUGGACUGUUCCCGAGCUUGCCACCGUUUUAUUCGGGACAAGCAUCCUCUUCGUCUUCACGUCGGACUUUACAUACCUCAUUGUCGUUGAUUGGCCCAUUGCUACUUCUGUGCUCGCGAGCAACAGCUUUAUCCGUUCUUCGUUCGGAUUCGCUUUCCCCUGGUUCGCGGGUGCCAUGUACGAGCGCCUUGGUACAGCCGGUGCCACGGCGCUGUUGGCCGGCUUAACGACAGUCAUCGCACCGCUCCCGAGAAUCGACGCUCGCCUCAGGCAGAGCUCGAGAUUCGCAGCUUCGUAA